CGUUUGCAGCUCUAUGCUCAAAACUGACAGAUACAGAUUAUAUUUCUAAAGAACAACAAAAUUCGCUUUGUAAUGGAGUGUUGCUGACUGUUCUUUUUUCUUGUAAUUAUAUAGAACUUUUACCGUAAUUCAUCAGUAAAAGAGCGAAAAUGGGUCAAAAUCAAUCAGGGGGUGGAAGCGGUGGAGACAAGAAAGACGACAAGGAUAAGAAGAAAAAGUAUGAGCCUCCAAUUCCUACCAGAGUUGGUAAAAAGAAGCGUAAAGCAAAGGGGCCUGAUGCUGCUCUGAAGCUACCUCAGGUGACGCCACACACGCGUUGCAGGCUGAAGUUAUUGAAGCUUGAAAGAAUCAAGGAUUAUUUGCUUAUGGAAGAAGAAUUUAUUCGUAACCAAGAAAGGCUCAAACCCCAGGAGGAGAAAAUCGAAGAGGAAAGAUCCAAGGUUGAUGAUCUGAGAGGAACACCAAUGUCAGUGGGCACACUGGAAGAGAUAAUCGAUGACAACCAUGCCAUAGUGUCAACAUCAGUAGGUAGUGAGCACUACGUCAGUAUCUUGUCCUUUGUGGACAAGGAUCAGCUGGAGCCUGGCUGCUCAGUUUUAUUAAACCACAAGGUUCAUGCAGUGGUUGGUGUAUUAGGUGAUGAUACUGAUCCUAUGGUGUCUGUUAUGAAAUUGGAGAAAGCUCCACAAGAGACCUAUGCUGAUAUUGGAGGGCUGGACACACAGAUUCAGGAAAUCAAGGAAUCAGUGGAGUUGCCUCUAACCCAUCCAGAGUAUUAUGAAGAGAUGGGGAUCAAACCUCCCAAAGGUGUCAUCCUUUAUGGGCCUCCAGGCACAGGAAAAACCUUGCUGGCCAAGGCAGUAGCUAACCAGACAUCUGCAACAUUCCUACGAGUGGUUGGAUCUGAACUUAUUCAAAAAUAUUUGGGUGAUGGUCCAAAACUUGUGCGAGAACUGUUUCGGGUGGCAGAGGAGCAUGCGCCAUCUAUCGUGUUCAUAGAUGAAAUUGAUGCUGUUGGUACAAAACGUUAUGACUCUAACUCUGGAGGUGAGAGAGAAAUACAAAGAACUAUGUUGGAGCUCCUAAAUCAGCUAGAUGGAUUUGACUCAAGGGGUGAUGUCAAAGUGAUCAUGGCCACAAAUAGGAUAGAAACAUUGGACCCGGCUCUCAUUCGCCCUGGUCGUAUAGACAGGAAGAUUGAAUUCCCAUUACCAGAUGAAAAAACAAAGAGAAGGAUCUUUACAAUUCACACAUCAAGAAUGACCCUUGCAGAUGAUGUUAACUUGUCAGAGCUGAUAAUGUCAAAAGAUGAUCUUUCUGGUGCUGAUAUAAAGGCAAUUUGUACUGAAGCUGGUUUGAUGGCAUUAAGAGAGAGACGUAUGAAGGUAACAAAUGAAGAUUUCAAGAAGUCCAAGGAGAGUGUCCUUUAUCGCAAGAAGGAAGGCACACCAGAAGGCUUAUAUCUUUAAUUACAAAUUACAUAAAUACACAUUUUCUAGGAUUUGUUGAAUCAAUUAUUAGUAUUAUUAUUAAUCUAGAUCUAACAAAAAAAUACAAAUAAUCUUAACCAGACAAAUUCUAGAACACUGUAAGUCAUUGCUUGAAAUAUAUAUGAUUUGAAAUUUUUA